UAGAACCAAUCAUUCAAACAAAUUUGUGAUAUGAUUUAUAAUGAAGGAAGUGGCAACCAAGCAAUAAAUGGGGGAAUCAGCAUAAUUAUUAAUGGAUUUGAUGAAUUAUUUAAAUUUAUUCAAAGAGUCUCUCGGUUUACAGAACGUUGGAGAAUAUUUAAUUAGUGAAAGCGUUUUGGAUGAUUUUACUGUUCAUAAACUUAAUGUAAUUUCAAAUGUUUUGUUAGCAUGUGAAGAUUUCUGUAAAGAAAAUUACCAACCCAAUCAAAACAAUGCAUGGAUAUCUUCCAUCGCUAUGACAGAGUCUUUCAAGAAUAGUUCUGAUUCUCUUCAAAGGCUUUACCAAGUUGUAUAUUGGUGUAUUUCUGACUUUUUCAUUCCAAGUAUUAAACAUUUACUUGAUAUUUCAAUUAAUCAACUUGGUAAUUUAUUUGGAGCCGGAAUUGAUGCAAACGAGACUGAUAAUACCGGAGCAAUAACAACUUUUAGUGUCGAGAACUUAAUUAAUAGUGGAUACUUCGCAAAUGAAGAAUUUCAAUCUCAAAUGCAAAAGGUUACUCAAUAUUGUUAUUUAGGGUCCAAGAUCAAUAUCGUUGCUAUGAUAAAUAUGAAAAAAACUGAAAUUGAAAUGGAAUUACAACAGCGCCAAAUGGAAUUAAUGAGAUUUGAAUGGAUAAAUGAGACAUUGGUCGGAGACGAAAGUUUAAUUCGAAAGCAGUUCUUAGAAAAUUUGAAGCAAGAUGUGAACAGAUUUGUUAGACUGGAUACAUUAUUGCAAGAAGUCAUUUCGAACGGUAACUGAAAAGACUACGGCGAUGGAUGUAGAUACCCUUCAACUGGUUAAAAGACUUGAAGGGAUCGUAUAUGGAGAACAAUCUACAACUAACUCAGAAUUAGACAUUAUUCAACAAUUAUCAGCCUUA